CAGCCUAAAUCUAGGACUACCUUUCGUUUUGUAAAAGACAAACAACAAACAGUUACAAAAACCAACUUUUUUUAAUCUGACAAAAAUCUCGUUAAGAUGAGAAAAAGGAUAUAGCUUUCUGCUAUAUUCAUAUAUCAAAUAUCCAGAAAUUAAUCUUGAUCCAUUCUUUACUCAUCUUGCCUAUUUUAUUUUUCCACUAGUGGGUUCAAUUGUUUUUCUUCUUUUUGAAACAAAAAGAUUGAUUUUUUCAAUCAACAUUCACAUUUCUUUGAAUCUUCUAGUGGGGUUUCCUUUUUCCAAUCUUUUUAUUGUAUUUUUCACUUUAUUUUGCUGUUUGGCUUGUGAGGUUUUUUGAAGAAUGAACAUUUCUUGAUUUUUGUUGAAGAGGAAGAAGGAAAAAAAAAGAUGGGCAAUUCUUGAAUGGAUCAAUUCUUGUGGAUUUAUCAGACUCUUCUCUGCUGUAAAUUAGAAAACGCGUGGUUAAUUUCCUAGUUUGAUGGCUGAAAGUUUUGUCAUGUGUCAACUUGAUGUUACUUCUUUGAAAGAAACGUUAUGUGUUCAACAACAGCUUCUACAGAAGCUGUACAAUGAGUUAGAUGAGGAAAGAGAAGCCUCUUCCAGUGCUGCUAGUGAGGCGCUAUCGAUGAUCUUGCGACUCCAAGGAGAAAAAGCCGCGGUAAAAAUGGAAGCGGAGCAGUACAAGAGAUUGGCCGAGGAGAAAAUGUGUCAUGCCGAGGAAUCAUUAGCUAUUUUCGAGGAUCUUUUCUAUCAAAAGGAGACGGAAAUAGCUGCCUUGGAAUAUCAGGUGCAAGCUUAUCGGUAUAAGCUAUUGAGCAUGGGGUGUGCAGAUCCCGGGGUUGGUGAAUUUAAAUAUCCUGAGAAUUUGUUGCAAAGAAAUGAGACUUUAGCUGGAGAAAUGAAUCUCCAAGCUCUUGGAAGGCGUAACUCCGCCCCUCCUAUUCCUUUGAAAUUUGCUUGUCCGAAGAAGGGUGGUAUGGAAAUAGAUGAUUCAAGUUCAGAAAGAGAUUCAAAUUCGAAAACAGUGGAGGAACAAGUAGGGCAAGAGAUGAAUGAGCAGCAGUCUGAUACGGAGAAGAAGACUGAUAUUUCCACGACGGGAAGUAUCAAUUCUUAUUGGCAACAAAUUCGAAAAUUGGAUGAACGAGUGAAAGAGAUUACAGGAGUUAGCUAUGCGAACUUGAGGAGUGAAACGAGGUCGCCUUCACCACUUUCUCAAAGAAGUAUUAAGAUAAGCAAAUCAGAAAAUGAAAUGUACCAACCUAAGUUCCAAGGAAGCAAAUCAGAAAACGACACGCCUGCUGAUUCUGGUUGUUCUCCGAAUAUUCUUGAUGUAUUCGAAGUACCUCGAGUGGAAAAGAAUACUAUCGACAUUGGGUUGCCUCCUAAACAUGACGGCAAGAUGAUUUUGCAUAAUGAUGAAAGGCUUGACAGACAAGAUUCUGCUCAACAAGAGGCAGUAAAACCGUCGCUUAAAGAUGAAACUGAUUUGCUAAAGAAGUACUUUGUAUCUGCGCAGCGUGAGAACAAGUUACGAAGAGCAAGUGAGGCUGCUGCUAUUACCUGUCAUUUGGCAAUAUCUUGCCCUACAACCAGCAUAUCGGAAACUGGUGAGUUUCAUCAGCUCAAUCGAACGUCUGAGAUAGUUGAAGUUGGAAGAGAAGCGACAAGACAAGAAACAGCUCGAGAAGAAGAGCUGAAGUUGCUAUAUGAUAUUAAGGAGCAACUAAAUUUGAUGCACUCUGAAAUCCAAAGUUUGAAAACCGACAAGCUCCCCCCUCCAACUGAUGAACCAUCCUUACUUCCUCUAUCAGAGGCAAUGAUUCACUUUUGGAUCUGACUGAUCGAUCAAAAACUUCUGAGCGCCAGCAUCCAACAGGAGAUACUCUUGGCUCUUACAUAAUCAAGAUGCUGCUAUUUGUUGACGUUAGUGGUUACUUUGACUUCUGAAUAGUGUGUAGUUUUGGUGUUAUUAUGUGGUUGUGAAGAUAUUGAUUCUGUUGUAAAUUGAUCACAUAGAGUGUACAGAAAUGUAUAGCCUGCAUCGUAUCAACUUAGUUGUAUCAAGAGAGGAGUGUUUUCACAUUUGUUAUAUCCUGUUUUCGGAUUAAGAUUUUAAUAUCAGGUUUUUGUUUUGUAUAUUUGAAAUUCUGAUUCGAGUAUUGGAAUGAAAAAAGGCCCAAGUGGAGCAUUAUAGUUAUUGAUGA